AUGACAUCAAAUGCUUCAGUGACGAAUAAUUCUACUACGGACAGAGUUGUAAAAAGUAUCCCUCAUCCUCCCACCCACCGUUUAACAUUAGAGGAAGUGUUCGAUAGCAAAGGAGAACCGCGAAUUAAAGAAUUGAAACAACAUUUUAUACUCGAAGGUCGAGUUACUGAACAAGUUGCUCUAAAAAUUAUCCGUGCUGGCGCUGCUUUACUGAGAGAUGAAAAUACAGUUCUGGAUAUUGAUGCACCGGUUACUGUUUGUGGAGAUAUUCAUGGACAAUUUUUCGAUCUCAUGAAAUUGUUUGAAGUCGGUGGAGAUCCUGCGACUACUAGAUAUCUUUUCCUUGGAGAUUAUGUUGAUAGGGGAUACUUUAGUAUUGAGUGCGUUUUAUACCUGUGGGCAUUGAAAAUUUUACAUCCGACAACAUUUUUCCUUCUCCGCGGUAAUCAUGAAUGUCGACACUUAACAGAGUAUUUCACUUUCAAACAAGAAUGUAAAAUAAAGUACACAGAAGAAGUUUACGAGGCGUGUAUGGAAGCAUUCGACUGUUUACCAUUGGCAGCUUUAAUGAAUCAACAAUUUUUAUGUGUUCAUGGUGGUCUUUCUCCUGAAGUUCAUACUUUGGAUGAUAUACGCCGUAUUGAUCGAUACAGAGAACCCCCUGCUUUUGGUCCUAUGUGUGAUCUUCUCUGGUCUGAUCCAUUGGAAGAUUUUGGCAGUGAAAAGUCAUUAGACCAUUUUUCGCACAAUAGUGUUCGUGGUUGUUCUUUCUUUUUCAGUUAUGCUGCAUGCUGUGAUUUCUUACAAGCCAACAGCCUCCUUUCCAUUAUACGUGCUCACGAAGCUCAGGAUGCUGGUUAUCGUAUGUAUCGAAAGAAUCAAGCUACUAAUUUCCCUUCACUCAUAACAAUAUUCAGUGCUCCCAAUUAUCUAGAUGUUUACAAUAAUAAAGCUGCUAUUCUUAAGUAUGAAAACAAUACAAUGAAUAUAAGACAAUUUAAUUGUUCUCCUCAUCCUUAUUGGCUUCCAAAUUUCAUGGAUGUAUUCACCUGGUCUUUACCUUUUGUCGGAGAGAAAGUUACGGAGAUGCUUAUGAAUGUACUAAGUAUUUGCUCAGAUGAUGAAUUAAUGAAGGAAGGUGAUGACACUUUUGAAGGUGGAACUGUUGCUGCUCGUAAAGAAGUUAUUCGUAAUAAGAUACGUGCUAUCGGUAAAAUGGCCCGAACGUUUACAGUGUUAAGAGAGGAAAGUGAAUCUGUGUUUGAAUUAAAAGGAUUGACUCCAAAUGGAAUGCUUCCAUUAGGUGCUUUGUCAGGAGGGAAAGAAUCAUUAAACAAAGCAUUAUCUGGUGUUUCACCGAGAAAUAAAAUCAUCUCUUUUGAACAAGCCAAAGCGUAUGAUCAAAUCAAUGAACGCAUGCCACCAAGGCGUGACAGUAAUGUGGCUACUACUGUUCCCGGUAGUACACGACCUUAUGGUUCUGCUUCUCGUCAGGUUGAGAGGAAAUCAACUCCAAACCCGUUGAAUAAUGUCACCACUAAUACUGCUGAUUCUAUCCAAGCGUCCAGUCACCGACGUCAAAGUGCGAAGAGUAGUACAAGUCGAUCGACAGUGGAUCAAAGUGAUACUACUACAAACCGUUCUAG